AUGGCAGGGCCAUCUCUACCUCCAGACAUGGUCCUCACCUACAAGCAGUACAAGCAUGACACCGAGAUCGUGGCGGGAUGGCUUGCUGAGAAGUCCGCUGCAGCCGGCUACAAGUCAGAAACCGUCCCUGCUUUACGUGACAAACAACCCAAGCUGGGUGCAAAAGCUCGCAGAGUGCCUCGAAGCGCCGCCGAAAAGGCUCAACGGUCAAAAGCGCCCAAGCCCAUGUACAUCGUGAAGACUGUCGAGUUGGUCGAGAUGGCCAAGUGCAUCGCCAAAGCGCGGCCAAAGGUCCUCCUCAGUCGAGCCAUGCAGACGGUCUGGGAACACACUAUUCGAGCCAGGCGGGAAUUUUCUCAGUGGUUUAGGAGCAAAGCUGCCACCGAUAUCAUCGUCGAUGAAAAGCACUCACACUUCGCUUCUCUCCUUGAACUUGCUCUCGAAACCCUUAGGCCCUGCUAUGAACCAGUGAAGAAGGAGUCCAGAUCCGCCUCUCGGAAGAAAGACACCGACAAAACAACACCUCUCCGCACGGUCACCAACAUCUUUCAGCAUCUUGAAGUUGAGGACGUCCUUUCCGAGGAAGAGCUGGAUCAAGAAGGCACGACUGUGGUCAUGGGUCCCCAAACCAAGGCCGAGGGUCCACGUGCUCGCAUUGACUUUGAUGAGACGGAGGCUGAGUCCGAAUUCCUGUUCGGCAUCUGGUCUUUCAUGCAGGAGGUUUUUGCUGUACGAAUCUUCGUUGCAACUACCUGGAGACUUUACGCUCUCGGAAACAUCGAAUUGAUGCAGGCUGCCAGUGUCACCAAUCUAGCUGUCGACCUGGUUCGAAGAGCUGAAGCCGACCUUGAAGCCAGCCUACAGCGCCCGUCAGCAUACCCCGCGGCGAAAUACCCAACCGGCUCCUUACCCCUUCUCAUCUUCAAACUCCAUUUACCGCCCUCACACCAAUGCACAGUACCUUGUGAUCCUGACCUGCCCAUGGUGGUUAUCAUCUGUGGUUGCAAGAUUUGUAAUGUUCUUCUCUACAUACCCUGGGUUAUGGCCAAGUCGUACAUUCACAUACUCAAAGAGAACCCACCAACAUUCCCGAGCUCGAACAAUGAUUUUCGCGUCCAAGUGCCGCCCUUUCCAGAGUGCAGCAUUCGUGGUGCGGAAUUCUAUCAUGCGCAGAACCCCAGCCAAAAGGCGCAGACAGAGUUGUCCGAGAUCUUGCCAAACUUCUCCCUGCUUUCACUGAUGCUCCGGGGGAAGUUCAUUGAAGAUGAGAUAUUGCACGCGGCCAGACAUAUCCUUGAGAACCACAACGUCCCAAUUUGGGUCAGCUUGGCACUGCAAAUUCAGCUUGACAUUCAGAGAAUUGGCGAGAUCAAGACUAUCCACGCUUUUGCGGAUCUGAAACGAGCCUACGAAGUGACUAAGUUUCGAGCUGAGGAACAUCAAAAGUGGCAUGCAUCGCUCGAGUUUGAAAUAUGGGACAAGUCAUGGCACAACCACGUUCGCACGUUGGUCGAGGACUUUGGCGAAUGGAUCAACGGUAAGACUUGUGGCAAGUCGGACGGUGAAGAGGUGCUGCACUGGGUCGGCGCUGGAUUCGAUAUCAAAGACGCUGUGAGAGCGAGUGGGAGGGUUCCAUUGCUGGAGGACUUCCCUGUCACCUGCGGCACGUUGAAAACGGAGCUUCAGCUGGAGUGGCACACUUUGGGCUUGAAGCUCGUCAACCGAACAGCCCACGUCCCUAUGCUCUGUCACCUUUAUAACGCUCUGCGUAUCGUGGAUUCCAAGUCGCCCGUCUGGCCGGACAUGGAACUUCUCAUCCGCAACCAGAACCCAGGAAAAAUCUUCGUUGGUGGUCGCCCUGGAACGCUCGUUCAAGCGCGUAACAGGUUUAUGCUCAGCGUUGGAGUGUCCGCGGCAAGCUUGGCAAAAGAUGCCCGCGGGAUCCGAUUCAGAAAGGACAACCCUGGAUUACGAGAAUAUGAACAGUCACCGAUUGCGAAGAACCUUUUCGAUCGUUGGCUGGGUCAGGAGACGCGGAAGAUCGACGAAGUUGCGUACCAGCUGCAGGAACUUCUUUUUAGUCGCAAGUACCGACAGGAUCUUGAGCGCAAUCUCUAUGUGACGACCUCCUCCCCAGUACAAAAGAACCCUCACAGAACUCUUCCACUACUGCAGACCAAGAUGGUGCGCACUCUGGCUAGGCUGUCUGAAGGUUUCGCGGCCGAGAUGCCGGCGAUCAUUUUUGACUUUUUCUCCAUGGAGCGACGAUGCUUUGCCAUGUUUGUACGUCUUAUGCAAGAUUACCAGGCGGCGACAGAAGGCAGUCGGCGCUCGACCAGCCUGGCCCGCAACCCCGCUGCCCACCCUAUUGAAAUCACAUUCAAACUUUUCAAUGACUCUGUGAACUCUGAGGAGAUGGUGCACUGUCUUGCUUCAAAAAACCGGGCCGACAGCAGAGUCCACGGACCGGCAAUGGCGAAGUACAUGAAGUCGUUGAUGCCCCAGCUCCAGGACGAAAAUAGCCAGGCUUAUUUCAAAGAGGCCUUGACACUCGUCCGCAACGGGCGCGUAGGCGAUGUAUUUGGAGAAUACGCAGAUCUAUCUGAAUACGCGACAGCAUCGAGGCUUUUCAAACCAGUCCGUAAACAGAUCGAGAGCGUCGUCAAGGAGCAAAAAGGGGAUGCAGAACUUGUAAAAUUGCGGAGACAGGUGGGAGACAAGGACUAUGGGAUUUUUCUGUUUUGCCGUCCAAGUCUGGAGGCAUUAUACGGCUCUGGGAAAGAGCAAUGCUGGGAGGACAUUGUGGUUUCGGAGAGUGUGAUCAAAGAAGCAAUGCCGCGCACCGCCGACAACCCGCGGGUGUGCUUGGCUACCUUACUAUUUCUUCAUCGGGAGAAGAUCAUGUGCGGGACGGGUGAAGAUUCUUACGAGAAGAGCGGUCUGCGGUCUAACGAUGUCAAAGAUCUCGAACGGGAGAUUCGAGAAAAGUGGUUCAGUGGAAAGCCGAGUACAUGGGGGGAUGCGGCUCAGAGGGACAAAGAAGACUGGGAGAAAUGGGAAGGGAUCUAUGGGAGGGAAGGUCGACUGGCUUCUCAGCGGAGAAAAAAGUGA